AUGCACCGUGAUACCACGUCGGAUAAAAUUUGCUCACCUCGGAUGCUCGAACCACACUCGUUGCUACCAUCAUCUGCCAGCAGUAGAUACCAUCAUCCUGAGCCAGACAUUUCCAGUAAGACCGUGCUAGGGAAUUCUGAUAACCGCCACAGUAGCAACAACAGCAAUAGUAAUAGUGGCUCGAAUAGAUUUUUAAAUUACACCCUUACUCAUAAUCGUUCAGAGAUGUUAAGAUUUGAAUCAACAGAAUCUGCUCAAGUGAGCUCUAGAGUACGUGAAUUAAUACGUGAUGAUGAUCAUUGCAUUAUUAUAAAUGAGACAAAUACGAAAGUACCUGCAAAUGUACUCGAAGGCAGUGACCGUAAAGAAAUCGAACGAACACAUGUAAUACCUAACCUACCUUUGGAAAUUGAAAUUACUGAUGUCCCUCUUGUGCGACCUGAUACAUCAGGUGCUUCUUGUUCGACAUCAGAGAAAACGGAUACUGUUUCUGUCCCUGAUGUUGCUGAUUCCGCAAAAUGCCAUCAUAUUGAACCUAUUGUGACAGUCAUAGAAGAUACAAAUAACAGCACCGAAGAAUCCAAUUUAAACAGUGAAUAUGAUUUUCCCAGAGCUAUUGAACGUCCAACUCAUUCCGAACACGAUAGCAAUCGAACUAGAAAUGAAGUUGUAUGUUGCAUGACUUGCCAGCGGUGCCUUCAUUCAAUAUUUUGUUUUCACCAUCUCAAUGUUUGCACCUAUAAAGGUCUCUCGGCUGAAAAACAGAAAGUAGAUAAUAAAGAUUCAAAUUAUUCGGAAUGUUUUAACUCCGUAUGCAAGGGCACAUCCCGUAAUAACCCAACACAUGUGUGUUGUUCGACACCCGUGCCAGUCAGAAAUCUAAUUCCUCACUAUUUGAACGCUGCAGACAGAUCACCUAAUUCAUUCGUCGCAGAUGGAAAACUUAUGGCUUCUAGUUCUGGAGACUGUGAAGAUGUAUCCAAUGAAAUUAACAAAAAAAUGCAUUUUCUUGAUGACAGUCAUUCUUACAGCUGCCAAAUUUGUUUUAAAACCUAUUCGUCGAGUUCUGCUCUUGCAAACCAUAUCCGCUAUCACAGAGGAGACCGCCCGUACCAGUGUGAAAUUUGUAACAAAGCGUUUGCUACAAAUUCCCAUUUAGUCACUCACAGACGAGUACACACAGGUGAACGGCCUUUCCAGUGUCAAACUUGCCAUCGAAGUUUUGCUGAUCGAUCUGCAUUCAUUAAACAUGAACGAACCCAUGGUCCUAAUGGAAUCGUAGUAAAACGAUUCAGAUGUGAAGAGUGUGGGAAUGCGUUUGUAGAUUCAUGUGGACUGAAGAAGCAUAUGCGUAUUCACACUGGGGAGAGACCAUACAAAUGUUCUAUAUGUGAAAAAAGUUUCUCGACAAGUUCAACAUAUGUUGCUCAUAAACGAAUUCACAGUGGCGAGAGACCAUACAAAUGCGAACAAUGUUCGAAAAUGUUUAUUACUAAAUCUCAUCUCUUGACUCAUCGCCGCGUUCACACGGGCGAGAAGCCAUUCACCUGUCAAAUUUGCAGUAGAUCGUUUGCUGAUGGAUCCAGUUUCCGAAGACAUGAACGGCUGCAUAGUGGAGAAAAUAGGCACGUGUGUGAAGUAUGUGGCAAAGGAUUUCCUUGUAAUACAUCUCUAAGCAAACAUAAACAAUCGCAUAAUUCUGGCCCUACCACAUUUAUGUAUAUGAUGUAAAAAUAUAUUAAUUAGAUGUACAAUAAUGUAAAAUAGUGUUUUGAUUAAUAUGAAUAAAAUAUUUCUAUUUGCU